AUGUGUGAACUAUCGUCAUCGGCCUCCGCCACUUCAUACCGCUCCAGCUCAACAACUAAAAAUGCACAAUCAUCCGCAUCCUCCUCCUCCUGCUCUUCAUCAUCAUCCUCCCCAUCCCUGGUCAAUGAUAAUUUUAAAUUUCAACGCUAUCAUCGCCGGAAAUCCUGCCCUUGGAAACGGAUAUCACAAAAGUUGAAACAUUUUAUGUUGUCACUGCUGAGAACAUUAUUCUAUCUGCUGUUUCUGCUAAGCCUAAGUGAUUGCUGGUUUCAAGUGGGUUCGGCCUCUUUGAUUUUGGCCGAAGCCGAAACAAACGGCCAAAGUAAUUUUGGCAAUCGGACAUCAACGGUAUUACAGCUGCCCAUACAAGCGUUGAUAUUUGAGGUGGCGGCAGCUGCCCCGGAAUCCAAUGGUCACAAUAGGGAUUCGGAGGGGCUGGGACACAAUAGCAGUAGUUUACAUGCCACAGGAGCAGCAGCAAGCACACAAACUAAUGAUGGCAUGUCUGUCUCCGCCUCCUCCUCAUCGACUUCACAACACUCCACCAACAACAAAAAUCAUCAUAGAAACCAACACAGUAUUAGCAACAUGUUUACCACAUCGGACAACAGCCCAGUGUCUACCUAUAGUACCAUUACCUCUACUUUAUCUACAUUGGCAGUGGCAGCAACAACAACAAAUGACACACAAUGGCCUCCAUUGUUGUCAUCACCUACCCAGUCAUCAGCCUCAUUGUCCUUUUCAUCAUCUGCCGCCGCCAUUGCCGUGGAAUUCGAUUCAGACUCAACAUCCCUGCCCUCCUCGUCGUCAUUGCCCACCACCCUUGUUGGAUUUACAACACCUGCUUUCCACACGGUGCUGGUUAGCAUAAUACUCCUCUUCGUCAUCCUCGGCACAAUUGUUGGCAAUGUCCUCGUCUGUAUUGCCGUGUGCAUGGUCCGCAAACUACGACGUCCUUGUAAUUAUUUAUUGGUCUCGCUGGCUCUCUCUGAUCUCUGUGUGGCCGUGCUCGUUAUGCCCAUGGCCUUGCUCUAUGAGAUUUUGGAAAAGUGGAGUUUCGGGCCGGUCUUAUGCGAUAUUUGGGUAUCAUUCGAUGUCCUCUGCUGCACGGCAUCCAUCCUCAAUUUGUGUGCCAUUUCAGUGGAUCGCUAUUUGGCCAUUACAAAGCCCCUGGAGUAUGGGGUUAAACGGACACCGCGCCGCAUGAUGUUGUGUGUGGCGCUGGUGUGGUUGGCUGCCGCCUGCAUCUCAUUGCCACCGCUGCUCAUACUGGGCAAUGAACACGAAGACGAACACGGUAAUCCCAUGUGUUCGGUGUGUCAGAAUUUUGCAUAUCAAAUUUAUGCAACGUUGGGUUCCUUUUACAUACCACUGGCCGUAAUGCUCUUUGUCUACUAUCAGAUAUUUCGGGCAGCCAGGCGCAUUGUGUUGGAGGAGAAGCGGGCACAAACACACCUGCAGCAUGCCCUCAAUGGCACGGGGUCGCCGCCGGGCCACACCGACCUGGAGGCACACGGCCACCACCAACAGCAGCAUCGUCACAGUAGCUAUGGCAAUACAUCGUUAAAUUAUUCCACAUGUGGUGGUCUCUCGACCAGUGGGCAUCACAGUGGCCAUGGUGGCCACGGAGGCGGUGGUGGCAGCGGCUCGAGUGGCCUGUUGGGUUCACCGCAUCAAAAGAAAUUACGUUUCCAGCUGGCCAAAGAGAAAAAGGCCUCCACCACCCUGGGCAUCAUCAUGUCCGCAUUUACCAUUUGUUGGCUGCCAUUCUUCAUUCUAGCACUAAUACGGCCAUUUGUGGAAUCGGAAACCACCCAUGUGCCACAAUCACUGUCUUCGUUGUUCCUAUGGCUGGGCUAUGCCAAUUCAUUGCUCAAUCCGAUUAUCUAUGCCACACUGAAUCGAGACUUCCGUAAACCUUUCCAGGAGAUAUUGUACUUUAGAUGUUCCAGUUUGAAUACCAUGAUGCGUGAGAAUUACUAUCAGGAUCAGUAUGGAGAGCCGCCGUCACAGCGUGUCAUGUUGGGCGAUGAGCGGCAUGGGGCAAGGGAAAGUUUUCUCUGAAAUUAGGUGUAU